AUGGCCCAUAGAAGUACGAUGCACCAGUUAAACACCGGAGCCAAGAUUCCCGCAUUGGGCUUUGGUACAUGGCAGGACAAAGAUGCACAAGAACCUGCAGUGGUCGCUGCGCUACAAGCUGGUGUACGCCACAUCGAUACCGCAGCUGUUUACGGUACCGAGCCUGCUGUCGGCUCUGCUAUCAAGAAGUCCGGUGUCCCUAGAUCUGAAAUCUUCCUGGUCACCAAGAUCUGGAACAACGAUCAUGCUCCCGAAGAUGUUGAGGCCGCCCUCGAUACAUCUCUCAAGAAUCUCGGAACCGAUUAUGUCGAUCUCUGGCUGAUGCAUUGGCCAUCUGCAUUUGCCAGUGGUUCGUCGCUCUUUCCCAAGGACUCGAACGGAAAGGUCAAGGCUGGCAACAGUGAUUUCGUCGAGACUUACAAGGCUAUGGAGAAGGUUUACAAGUCUGGCAAGGCCAGAGCGAUCGGAGUCUCUAACUUCAGCAAAGCUGAGAUGGAAAGACUGAUCAAGGAGACAAGUGUGGUUCCCGCAGCUCACCAGCUUGAAUGCCAUCCAUACCUGCAGCAGCACGAGUUUGCCGAAUGGCACAAAUCUCAAGGCAUCCACGUCACCCAAUACUCGCCCUUUGGAAACAGCAAUGAAGUUUACUCCAAGGGUCAAAACCUGAGCAAGCUAAUCGAAGACCCAACCUUGGUCGAAGUGGGCCAGAAGUAUAACAAGUCUGGUGCCCAGGUCGCCUUAGCCUGGGGUAUCGCACACGGUCGAAGUGUCAUCCCCAAGAGCAAAACUCCGGAGAGAAUCAGACAGAAUGUUGAGGGCGACUUCGAGCUGUCGGCAGAGGAUGUGAAGAAGGUCGACGCAAUUGAUAGGAAGCUGCGUUUCAAUGACCCGAGUGCGAACUUUGGAUGGAACUUUUAUACGGAUCUUGAAGGAAAAGAGGCUUGA